AUACACCUGUGCAGUCUUCUCUUUUAAACGGAUUUUCUUUUGAACGAAGGCAGAAGGAAGGAAGAUUCGAUUCCGAAUGAGGUCUCUACUCAGAGUGGACCAUAUACUGAAAUUUACGAGUACAUAUGUUGUACCGGGGCCAGUUAAUUACUUUCAGGGACAGUGUGCUUAUCGUGGUUUGAGCUAUACUAUGAAGAAAAUGGGUGGUGGAGAGGAUAAGCAAAGUGCUGUUGACCAGAAAAAUAAGCACAAACAAAUUACUUCUGUUUGGCGACCAGUCUGUACUCAAGCAAUUUCUAAGGAAGAAUGCUUGGAAAAGGAUGUAAUAGUUGAACCAGAAGAUGGGGAUGAAGUUCUUGAAGUACCGUGUAGCACAUCUAGCAAUGUUUCUAAUGUUCAACAUGUCAUAAAGGCAGCUGAUGCAGUGACUGAAGCAACUGACUCAACUAUCAGUUGUAGUGCAUUGCAGGGUGGUUCUGAGGAUACAGUCUUGGAAGGAGAAUCAGAGCUUUCUAAGCAUUCAGUUUCAAUUAAGGUAGGUGCUUCCCUAAUUCGUUUUGUACAAGGAAAAGGAGGAUCUACACAGAAAAAGAUUGAAGAUGAGAUGGGAGUCAGAAUCAUAAUUCCAUCUUCCAAGAAGGAUGAUUCUAUUAUCAUUGCAGGCGAUUCAAUGGAUAGUAUAACUAGAGCUUCAGAAAAUAUACAAAAAAUAAUCGAUGAGGCAGUUAAAAGCCCAAGUCUUGAUUACUCUCACUUCAUAUCACUUCCAUUGGCUAUACAUCCUGAACUAGUUGAUAAGCUUCUCAAUUUUCAAAACUCCAUACUGGGGAAUGAUGAUGGUUGCCUAGAUGACAAUCAGGGGAGCAAUUCAAAUGAAGAUGGGGACCGAAAGUUAAAUAAACAAGUUGAUGUAGCUGUUGAACUCAAAGCUGAUGAUGACAAAGAACAUGUUAACGCGAAUAUAACUAAAAUACCUCUUGUCAGUUACCCACCUACAGCAUCAAAGUCUUCUCAUUUAUCUGACUUGGGAAUUGACAAAUCUAUAUUCAUUAAACCAAAAACGUUUCACCUGACUGUACUCAUGCUAAAGCUGUGGAACAAGGACCGUGUUAAUGAAGCUGCUGAGGUUUUGCAGAGAAUCUCCUCAAAAGUGAUGAAUGCUUUGGAUAAUCGGCCUAUUGCUAUAAGACUUAAGGGGCUGGAUUGCCUGAGAGGUUCCUUGGCCAAAGCUCGCGUUCUUUAUGCUCCUGUGGAAGAAAUUGGCAGUGAGGGUCGACUCUUACGUGCUUGUCAAGUGAUUAUUGAUGCAUAUACUGAAGCCGGACUAGUCCUAGAGAAAGAUGCAAAUUACAAGUUAAAGUUGCAUGCUACAGUGAUGAAUGCUAGGCAUAGAAAAAGGAAGAAAUGGAGUAGAGAACCUGAUUCUUUUGAUGCACGAGGCAUUUUUAAACACUAUGGAUCUGAGGAGUGGGGAGAGUAUCUUAUCCGUGAAGCUCAUCUUUCGCAAAGGUUUGUGUUUGAUGGAAAUGGGUAUUAUCACUGUUGUGCUUCAAUUCCCUUUCCUGAAAAUAUCCAAGUCGACUGAUCCAGGUACAGUUGAGAGUAAUGUACUCUUCUUUUUAGUCGCAAACUAUGGAAGCAAAAGCUGUUGGGUAAUAUGGUCUCUGAAAUAUUUCUGGUAUAAGGUUUUGGUAUGUUUUCUGUUUGCAUGUCUGCUUACUGACUCGAGCUUCCAGAUUUGUUGUUCUCCAUUGAAUCUAAAUACCAAGUUCUGCUAAUAAUAUGUAAGUCUCUAUACGGUAUUCUUCAUUGAAUCUGUAGCAUGUUGCUAUAAGCCAAUACAAUGAUUUGCAACUUGAA